UGGCGCGGACGCAAACGGAGCUUUUGAAGACGCUCAUAUCACGCAGACCAAUACCAUGGAAGAAGAAACCUCAACAAAUUUCAAAUCCGUAGACCGCCACAUUCUCUAUCCUCUUCGCAAAACCUCAAUACGCAAGCUCGGCCAUUCCCGUCGGCGAUUAUGGCCGCUUCAUCCUCCUUUCCCAUUCCCCUUCUUCUCCUCCUUUCCAUCCUCUCUUUUUCCCUCAUUUCCCACGCCGUUCACGACACCGCCAUCAAGAGUAUUAACCUUGAGCACCCAGCUGAAGAUGUCUUUCCAUCUUCACUUCCUGGAGCCAUUGAUAUAAAAUGUGAUCGUGUUCGGAUUUCUGGUAUUUCAAGAUUAAAACUUGGAAGUUUUGCCAGUUCUUUUCGAGUCACUGCAGUUCCAUCUGUUGUUAUUCCUGAAAGACAACAUACAAAAAUUCAGGUUUGUUUUCACUGGAACAAUACACUUGGAUUGUGUCAGUGUGAAGACGAUGAGUGGAAAACUUUUCAAAAGGGAUCGUGGAGCUGCACCAUGUCUCCUUAUGAAGUCAGAUAUGUUGAUGUUAAAGUUAUUGAUGCCACGCCUCUAAGUGGUCCUGUCACAAUUGCCAUUGAAGAAGAUUUUCAAGAGUGGCGUCUGUUGUGUCUAGCGUUGGGAUUUAUGUUGCUUCUGCUUGCUCCUGUAGUCAGCAGCUGGGUGCCUUUCUACUACAGCAGUUCGAUGGCCAUUGGAAUUUUCCUUGUUGUUUUAAUCAUUCUUUUUCAGGGAAUGAAGUUAUUGCCAACUGGAAGAAAGAGUGCCUUUUAUCUCACUGUGUAUGGAUCGGUGCUUGGAGCAGGAUCCUAUCUUGUUCACCACUUUGCAAUGUUAGUAAAUUCAAUUCUUCUCAGUUUUGGACUGAAGGAAGAGAUGCACAAUCCUGUUGCGAUUUUUCUACUUUUGGGGAUUGUUCUUUCUGGAGCUGCCUUGGGUUUCUGGAUUGUCCGGAAGUUUGUGAUCUCCGAGGAUGGGAAUGUUGACAUUGGUGUGGCCCAGUUUGUAAAAUGGGCUAUGCGUAUUAUUGGAGCCACGUCUAUCUUUCAGAGUACCCCUGAUGCCCCUUUAGCACUAGGUGCCUUUGUUUGUUGUUCGGCCGCCUGCUAUCUUAUCUCUUCUCUGAAGCAGCGUGGUAGCACGAAUCAAUCAUAUUCUAGAUCUCGUAGCCCUUGGAAACGGCAGAACAAACAAAUUGUUGGGAAGCGGAUUCAUCCUGAAUUCCUUAGCCGAUCAAGCCCUCAAGACAGGACGUGGAGAGUUUCUGAUAGGCACAGCCCAGUUUGGCCGAAUUCGCCUGUUAAAGGGGUGAUCUCAUCGUCCUCCGGGAUGCAAGAUCGAGACUACUACUCAACCUUCCAUAAGACCCGCAACCGAAAGAAGUUCUCAAAGAAAGCCUGGGAUGAUUUCACUAGAGAUUCGACGCGACAGGCAUUGACAGAGUGGGCAUCAUCCCCUGAAUUCACAGAUUGGAUCAUGGAGCAUGCGGACAGGAUUCAACUGCUGCGAAGUGAUGGUUCAGAUGAAGCUGUUGGAAGUGAAUCUGAUUCAACCAACGAGAAUGUUGUUGGUGGCAGUAGGUUCAGCUUUUUAAACUGAUUAGGUGAACUUGUGAAUCUGCAACCCUAACAUGUGGAAAAGUCGACUUGGCCCGACACUUCACCAGUAUCACUAUCACAUAUCGUGUUACAUUGUGUCAAAUGAUUUUGUUCAUCCUGUUUGUUGAAUUGGCCAACAUGGAACUGAACUGAGUCAAUCUAAGAUGUUUCCAUGACCUGAGGUGUCAUGUUUCGGAAUGAAUUUUGAGUCAACACAAUCUGCGAACUCUGCACGUUGGAGACAAGGCGAGAUGCGUUCGACACCCUCCACACACAGCUGAUCUUAUGGCAUUUUUUUGCCAUAUAAAUUGAAGCUACGUACCUCCCAAGUUGAGUGUAUGUUCUUUAUUUUUUAGAAAAUUGGUAUUUUUGAAGAAUAUUCUAAUUGUAAUCAUUGUUCUUUUGUAAUAUCUAUCAUUUAAUUGUCUAAAAAUUUCAAGUAGGUUAUUUUGACUAGUCAUUUGAAUUUCUUUAUGGGAAUGUAAACUUGAGAAACUUGGAAUGUAUAGAUGAAAAGAAAGAAAGACGGAUUAAGUCUCUAGGCUAGUUUCUUUUAACAUUGAAAAGAAAAAUGAAUAAUAAAAAAUUUGGUUAAUAUAUAUAUUUUGUCCAUGUUUCAAAA